AUGUCUCGAAGUAUCGAUCAGCUCCCUGAGCCGAGAGAAGUCAAGAAGAUGAAAGUGAUCGUUGCAAGUCCUAGUCGCUCAGGCACACUCGGUCUCUACAAGGCGAUGCAAAUCCUAGGCUACAGACCGUACCACAUGUACGAGUGUUGCGCCAUUGGCGGCGUUCCCCAUAUGAAGACAUUCAAAGAAGGAAUCAUCGCUGAAGUCGACCCACUCUCUGGGACGAAGAGAUACUCGAGGGCUGAUUUCGAUAAAUGGUUGGGCGACUACGACUGUCUGAUCGAGAUCCCGGCUUAUGCAGGAAUGGACAUGGUCCGAGCAUAUGCCCAAGAUCCGGAUGUCAAGUUCAUUCUCACCGAAAGGUCACCCCAAAAAUGGGCAGUUUCUGUCAAUAACACGGCCGCCGAAGUCGUGACCCUCGCCGACCGUUUUCCAAUUUCGAUCCUGAAGUACUUCGACUCGACUCUGUAUCACUUCUUUAGCCUCAAUCAGGUCAUUUAUCGUGCAAUUGCCGACAGGACGAUGCCUGGUGAUCCGGACAAUGAAAGAAUGCUGCAGAGGUGGUAUAUUGAGUACAUGAAAGAAGUGAAAGAUAUCAUUCCCGCCGAUCGCCUGUGUCUGAUUCAGCUUCAGGAUGGUCUCGAUUGGGAAAAGAUCUGUCCGUUCUUGGGAGUGUCGAUUCCAAAGGAAGAGUACCCUGAUCGAAACGAGCCUGAGAAAUUUCAAGCCUUGGUGCAGGUCUUCUUGCAGCCGAAGCUAAUAGCAGCUGUGGUCAGGCUCAGUUUGCUUGCUGUGCCAACUUUCGGAAUUGCCCUCUGGGCGACCUGGAGAUAUUACCCGUCCUUUGCCUCG